AUGGGCCACCAACUUUUUAUCAGUUUGUGUCAGAGCGACCCGUUAUGGAACUUGGUUGCGCUUACUUGUAAGUUCACUGCAAAGGGCGGUGUUUGUGACGUGUACCUGGUGGGAACGUGUCACAUUUUGGCGAAAUCGUGCAGAGAAGUGGAAGCAGUGAUCAGACAUUUGAAACCGGAGGUUGUGUUCUUGAAGUUAUGCUCGAGUCGAGUGGCUGCACUCACCCCUCCAAAUUUGAAGGUGACAAUGGAAGAAAUGAUCGAAAUGUGGAAGAAAAAUCAUAACGCCUUUGAAAUUUAUGGUGGGAUUUUUUCCAAGGUUUUAAGUGAGCUUGAGGUGUUUCCCGGUUCUGAGUUUGCUGUAGCAUAUGAAGAAGCAAGGAAGUAUGGCGGUAAGGUGAUACUUGGUGAUCGCCCAGUGCAGAUUACGGUAGGAAGGACGCGGGCAAUGAUGCCACUUUGGCAUAAGAUAAAACUGCUGUAUUCCUUGCUUUUCUUCCGUUUCAUUAAUUAAUGAUUUGGUCUUGCGUAUUUUCAGUUAGAGAAAAUGGAUGAUGAUGACGUAAUGAUUUUCAUUCAAGAGAUGGGCAAGAAAUACCCAACUCUAAUUGAAACAUUCGUACAUGAGCGAGAUCGGUACAUGUCGUUAAAAUUACUGAAAAUUGCCAGCAAGCAUCGUUCAGUAGUUGCAGUAGUGGGAAAGGGGCACCUCCAAGGGAUUAAGAAGCAUUGGCAGCAGCCUGUUGUGCUGGAGGAUCUCAUGGUAAGUCCAUCAAAAAAGCCGGGUUCUUCCACCAGGAGAAUCCUUAAAUCUAUGGGCGUGGCGGUGACUGUGGCAGCCAUUGUAUCAGGUAUCUAUUUUGCAUCCAAGAGCAAGUAAAGCUUGUUAAUAUUUCUGAUCACCAUUCAGGGUGACCGUAUGUAAAAAGCCAUGAUCGUCUAACAAAGGUUUCUGGCAGCAUAGCAAAACUGAAAGCUCCUCCAACUCUUAGUUUAGUGAUCUUCUAACUUAUUGCCACUCGGGUGCCUUUCAUAGAUGGAAUGCAAGGAUUUAGUCCCUUAAACUCACAUUAAAACUGACUCCACUGAUCCCUACAGUCAUGAUCUUAGUGGAUUGAAAUCAACUAGAGUCGUGCUUGAAGUGGGCAUAUGACUAAUUCUCAUAUGUUAACUAAUUAACAAUAUCAUUGUCACUUAGUACUACAGUCUAGUUGUAUUCCUCUUUAUUUGUAAGUGAGAGGUUCUAAGUUCUAUAUUCACCAAAGGCGAAUUUCAACCACAUAAUUGGUAGCUCAUUGUGAGACCACAUAAUUGCUGAAAAUACUAUAAUGCCUUUUAUUGGAGAGAGAGAGAGAGAGAGAGAGAGAGAGAGAGAGAGAGAGAGAGAGGCGUGUGUGGGUGUUUGUAAGUCAUGGGGCAGUAGGGCUUCGCUAACUCCUAUUGAGUAGUUGCCGUUGCUGAGCGGCUCAAGUCAAAUAUAAUUCUAACCAAAACUUGACAUGAAAAUACUAGAAUGCCCUUUAUUGGAGAGAGAGGUUGCAAAGGAAGGGGAGAGAGAGAGGCGCGUGUGGGUGUUUGUGAGUCAUGAGUGUGGAGCCAAAAAUAUUCUCAAGGCGACACGUGGAUUUUUGGACAAAAAUAACAAAAAUACCCUUGCAGUACAACGAGGUUCCUACACGCAAGCAGCGGGUAACCCUCUUUCAAUCAAGACAGAAGUGCCCAAAAUAGGUAACAAUUCA